AUGAGCCACAAGCCGAGGAGUAUCCUCCGGGCACAGAACCCGAUGCGCAAAUUUAACCAUGCGAUUUCCAGCCAGGGGUUGAUCCAAGAAUCCCUGCAGACAGUUGGUCUCCGCAUCCCUGAUGGGAGCCGAGCUGGUCACCACGAGCACGGGGCUUCUGUCUGCCAACGCAGUGACCAUCCCCGGAAGAGCAUUGCUGAAGCCGCUGUUGGCGGUGACAAAGGCCACGCCCAGUUUCUGGGCUACUUUUGCGUAGCCUUGGGCUGCUUGAAGGGCGGAGGCUUCGUGGCGGGUAUCGACGAGCCGGAUUUGAUUUCUCUUCGCAGCCUACUAGGAAGGUAUCGAGAUGUCCGCCGUGGAUGCCGAAGGCGACGUCAACGCUGA